CAUGUGAUCCUGGCAAGAGAGGAUGUAUGCCACCGGCGUCUUUGAACAUUGAAAGUCAUGGCCACAGAAGAUUGACUGAGACCAUUAAAAGUAUGGACUUUUUAAAUUGCCAAUAAUGGGGCACAACUUUAAUCCCAGCACUCAGGAGGCAGAAAGCAGGAUGAUGACUGUGAGUUCAAGGCCAGCCUGGUCUACAUAGUAAGUUCCAGGGCUACAUGAAAAGCCCUGUGUUGAAAACAACAACAACAACAACAACAAAACACCAACUCUCCCAAAACAAAACCAGCUAAACUGAAGUUCAAGUUUCUCCAUUCCUAACAGGGAAUUUUGAGCUUCAGGCACAGCUGGGUCCAAUCAUUGGAAAGCUGGCUUCUUCUCCUCCACCUGUCUUUGAUCGAAAACAAGUUCUGUAUCUGCACAGUGACACACCAGGACCACUGUUAGAGAAAGAGAAUGAGACUCCUUGGCACUGGAAUCUGGGUUGAUUUGCAAACCCAGGAAGGAGUUAGGAAUGACAACAUAACAAAGGCCACCUGGGAAUGGAGAGUGGGUAUUCCACUCUCAGUGGGUGUGGUGACACAUUUCUGCAGCUGGAAGCCUUCCAGUUCCGUGUUUGUCACACGUGGUUUCAAAGAGCAAGAAGCAGGAGCGGAGGGAAAGAGCUGGGGUGUGUGGCCCUGUGUGAGCACUCCACCCCAUCUUCCUGGACCUCCUCCGACCCGCCUCUCCAGGAUGCAGCCAGAGGUGGAGACGCUCAGCUCUCCCAACCUGGGAAUCCCCGGCUCGCACAGGGAUGCAGGAUCCAUCCUUGUGGAUUUGGAGGCUACAGAGGAGUCCAUGGCUCGGAGUCUGGGCAGGCCUGUCAAAUCCUCAAAGCAGUACCUGCGGCAGGUUAUCUCAGAAUACGAGGCACUGGAUCGUGAGCUCCCAUGUAUCCGAAAGUUCUCAGCACCGCCCUCUGCUCAGCCCCUCUGCCUCUGCAUGGAGACUUCGGAGGAUUUCACGCACCUGGAGGUGCUGGAGGCUCUGGAGGCCGAGCUGCCCGGGGCCAUGGACAGUGGGCGUGUGAGCAGCAUCCGGUAUGAAAACAUGAAUGUCAUCUGCGGGACCGCAGGCCGCAGGGACAGGUGGCUCAUCACUGUCACAGACUUCCAGACGCGCUCGCGCCUGCUGCGCUCGGGACUCAGCCUCCGCGGAAUCGCGCACCCACUGGUGCGCCACGACGACCUGCUGCUGGGCGACUACCGCCUUCACCUGCGCCGAUCCCUGGUCCGACGGCGUAUGCUCGAGGCUCUGGGAGCGGAACCCGUGGAGGAAGAUUGACGCGUGGCGGGGGCGGGCCCCAGCUGCACCCCGCCCCCAGGCCCAGCGAAUCAAAGGGGCGUGGCCUCCCUAGGAAGGAGGCGGGGCCGGCUCCAGGGGGGGGAUACUGGGAGGUUAAUUAUAAAGAAUGACCUGAUACAAAAGCCA